AUGCCAUCACAUCCAUGCCGUCACAUCCAUGCCGUCACAUCCAUGCCGUCACAUCCAUGGCAUCACAUCCAUGCCAUCACAUCCAUGCCAUCACAUCCAUGCCAUCACAGCCAUGCCAUCACAGCCAUGCCAUCACAGCCAUGCCAUCACAGCCAUGCCAUCACAGCCAUGCCAUCACAUCCACGCCAUCACAUCCACGCCAUCACAUCCACGCCAUCACAUCCACGCCAUCACAUCCACGCCAUCACAUCCAUGCCGUCACAUCCAUGCCGUCACAUCCAUGCCGUCACAUCCAUGCCGUCACAUCCAUGCCGUCACAUCCAUGCCGUCACAUCCAUGCCGUCACAUCCAUGCCGUCACAUCCAUGCCGUCACAGCCAUGCCGUCACAGCCAUGCCGUCACAGCCAUGCCAUCACAGCCAUGCCAUCACAGCCAUGCCAUCACAGCCAUGCCAUCACAUCCAUGCCAUCACAUCCAUGCCAUCACAUCCAUGCCAUCACAUCCAUGCCAUCACAGCCAUGCCAUCACAGCCAUGCCAUCACAGCCAUGCCAUCACAGCCAUGCCAUCACAGCCAUGCCAUCACAGCCAUGCCAUCACAGCCAUGCCAUCACAGCCAUGCCAUCACAGCCAUGCCAUCACAGCCAUGCCAUCACAGCCAUGCCAUCACAGCCAUGCCAUCACAGCCAUGCCAUCACAGCCAUGCCAUCACAGCCAUGCCAUCACAGCCAUGCCAUCACAGCCAUGCCAUCACAGCCAUGCCAUCACAGCCAUGCCAUCACAGCCAUGCCAUCACAGCCAUGCCAUCACAGCCAUGCCAUCACAGCCAUGCCAUCACAGCCAUGCCAUCACAGCCAUGCCAUCACAGCCAUGCCAUCACAGCCAUGCCAUCACAGCCAUGCCAUCACAGCCAUGCCAUCACAGCCAUGCCAUCACAGCCAUGCCAUCACAGCCAUGCCAUCACAUCCAUGCCAUCACAUCCAUGCCAUCACAUCCAUGCCAUCACAUCCAUGCCAUCACAUCCAUGCCAUCACAUCCAUGCCAUCACAUCCAUGCCAUCACAGCCAUGCCAUCACAGCCAUGCCAUCACAGCCAUGCCAUCACAUCGUCACAGCCAUGCCGUCACAUCCAUGCCGUCACAUCCAUGCCGUCACAUCCAUGCCAUCACAUCCAUGCCAUCACAUCCAUGCCAUCACAUCCAUGAGGUCACAUCCAUGCCGUCACAUCCAUGCCAUCACAUCCAUGCCGUCACAGCCAUGCCGUCACAUCCAUGCCGUCACAUCCAUGCCUUCACAUCCAUGGCAUCACAUCCAUGCCAUCACAUCCAUGCCAUCACAUCCAUGCCAUCACAUCCAUGCCAUCACAUCCAUGCCAUCACAUCCAUGCCAUCACAUCCAUGCCAUCACAUCCAUGCCAUCACAUCCAUGCCAUCACAUCCAUGCCAUCACAUCCAUGCCAUCACAUCCAUGCCAUCACAUCCAUGCCAUCACAUCCAUGCCAUCACAUCCAUGCCGUCACAGCCAUGCCGUCACAUCCAUGCCGUCACAUCCAUGCCAUCACACCCAUGCCAUCACAUCCAUGCCGUCACAUCCAUGCCGUCACAUCCAUGCCAUCACAUCCAUGCCAUCACAUCCAUGCCAUCACAUCCAUGCCAUCACAUCCAUGCCAUCACAUCCAUGCCAUCACAUCCAUGCCAUCACAUCCAUGCCAUCACAUCCAUGCCAUCACAUCCAUGCCAUCACAUCCAUGCCAUCACAUCCAUGCCAUCACAUCCAUGCCAUCACAUCCAUGCCAUCACAUCCAUGCCAUCACAUCCAUGCCAUCACAUCCAUGCCAUCACAUCCAUGCCAUCACAUCCAUGCCAUCACAUCCAUGCCAUCACAUCCAUGACGUCACAUCCAUGCCAUCACAUCCAUGCCAUCACAUCCAUGCCAUCACAUCCAUACCGUCACAUCCAUGCCGUCACAUCCAUGCCAUCACAUCCAUGCCAUCACAUCCAUGCCAUCACAUCCAUGCCAUCACAUCCAUGCCAUCACAUCCAUGCCAUCACAUCCAUGCCAUCACAUCCAUGCCAUCACAUCCAUGCCAUCACAUCCAUGCCAUCACAUCCAUGCCAUCACAUCCAUGCCAUCACAUCCAUGCCAUCACAUCCAUGCCAUCACAUCCAUGCCAUCACAUCCAUGCCAUCACAGCCAUGCCAUCACAGCCAUGCCAUCACAGCCAGGCAAUCACAGCCACGCCAUCACAUCCACGCCAUCACAUCCACGCCAUCACAUCCACGCCAUCACAUCCACGCCAUCACAUCCACGCCGUCACAUCCACGCCGUCACAUCCAUGCCGUCACAUCCAUGCCGUCACAUCCAUGCCGUCACAUCCAUGCCGUCACAUCCAUGCCGUCACAUCCAUGCCGUCACAUCCAUGCCGUCACAUCCAUGCCGUCACAUCCAUGCCGUCACAGCCAUGCCGUCACAGCCAUGCCAUCACAGCCAUGCCAUCACAGCCAUGCCAUCACAGCCAUGCCAUCACAGCCAUGCCAUCACAGCCAUGCCAUCACAUCCAUGCCAUCACAUCCAUGCCAUCACAUCCAUGCCAUCACAUCCAUGCCAUCACAGCCAUGCCAUCACAGCCAUGCCAUCACAGCCAUGCCAUCACAGCCAUGCCAUCACAGCCAUGCCAUCACAGCCAUGCCAUCACAGCCAUGCCAUCACAGCCAUGCCAUCACAGCCAUGCCAUCACAGCCAUGCCAUCACAGCCAUGCCAUCACAGCCAUGCCAUCACAGCCAUGCCAUCACAGCCAUGCCAUCACAGCCAUGCCAUCACAGCCAUGCCAUCACAGCCAUGCCAUCACAGCCAUGCCAUCACAGCCAUGCCAUCACAGCCAUGCCAUCACAGCCAUGCCAUCACAGCCAUGCCAUCACAGCCAUGCCAUCACAGCCAUGCCAUCACAGCCAUGCCAUCACAGCCAUGCCAUCACAGCCAUGCCAUCACAGCCAUGCCAUCACAGCCAUGCCAUCACAGCCAUGCCAUCACAGCCAUGCCGUCACAUCCAUGCCGUCACAGCCAUGCCGUCACAGCCAUGCCGUCACAUCCAUGCCGUCACAUCCAUGCCGUCACAUCCAUGCCGUCACAUCCAUGCCAUCACAUCCAUGCCAUCACAUCCAUGCCAUCACAUCCAUGCCAUCACAUCCAUGCCAUCACAUCCAUGCCAUCACAUCCAUGCCAUCACAUCCAUGCCAUCACAUCCAUGCCAUCACAUCCAUGCCAUCACAUCCAUGCCAUCACAUCCAUGCCAUCACAUCGUCACAGCCAUGCCGUCACAUCCAUGCCGUCACAUCCAUGCCGUCACAUCCAUGCCAUCACAUCCAUGCCAUCACAUCCAUGCCAUCACAUCCAUGAGGUCACAUCCAUGCCGUCACAUCCAUGCCAUCACAUCCAUGCCGUCACAGCCAUGCCGUCACAUCCAUGCCGUCACAUCCAUGCCAUCACAUCCAUGCCAUCACAUCCAUGCCAUCACAUCCAUGCCAUCACAUCCAUGCCAUCACAUCCAUGCCAUCACAUCCAUGCCAUCACAUCCAUGCCGUCACAGCCAUGCCGUCACAUCCAUGCCAUCACAUCCAUGCCAUCACAUCCAUGCCAUCACAUCCAUGCCAUCACAUCCAUGCCAUCACAUCCAUGCCAUCACAUCCAUGCCAUCACAUCCAUGCCGUCACAGCCAUGCCGUCACAUCCAUGCCAUCACAUCCAUGCCAUCACAUCCAUGCCAUCACAUCCAUGCCAUCACAUCCAUGCCAUCACAUCCAUGCCAUCACAUCCAUGCCAUCACAUCCAUGCCAUCACAUCCAUGCCAUCACAUCCAUGCCAUCACAUCCAUGCCAUCACAUCCAUGCCAUCACAUCCAUGCCAUCACAUCCAUGCCAUCACAUCCAUGCCAUCACAUCCAUGCCAUCACAUCCAUGCCAUCACAUCCAUGCCAUCACAUCCAUGCCAUCACAUCCAUGCCAUCACAUCCAUGCCAUCACAUCCAUGCCAUCACAUCCAUGCCAUCACAUCCAUGCCAUCACAUCCAUGCCAUCACAUCCAUGA